AUGGAGCUCAGAGACGACACGUCCAUUCGAGCUAGCAACGACGACGACGACGCCGCUUCGCCGUGGGCUGAUCCAACGUGGAUGAGGAACGCGCUGGGAAGCGCAUCUGCCAGCAUCAUCUCUGACUCUCAAGCCCAAGAUCGCUUCAAAUACGUUGGCUCUUCCAACCUGCAGGUGUUUUCGCACUGGAUCGAUCUCUUGCUCACCAAGCAACAAGCACGCCGUCAAGAUUCCCACACUGCCAUCUCUGAUCACUUUGAUCAUGGACGCAUCCAUUCUGAAGAGUAUCACUUUCCUCUCAGACCCGUCCUGCCUGGCUUGACACACGUUCGUUCCUUUGACAACAUCCUCGACGACUUCUUCAACGAUUCCAACAGCGUCUUUCCUGUCUUUGACGACGAGGUGCUUCGUCGUGAUGCAGUUCGCUUUAUUCAGCAGUAUCGCCUGGACGAUGCAUCUGCUAUGCGGCUCGAGGAGCUCACUCCUUACGACGCACCCCUGCUCGCCACCGUGUAUCUAGUUACAGCUCUAAGCUUGCUAGAUGCGACUCCUCGCCAACCGCAUCACGUUAAGCUCUACCUCGAUGCAGCCUACUCGCUCUACGGCCACAUCAUUGGCGUGCCCUAUCUGUCGUCGGUUCAGGCCCUCUUGUUGCUCCACCUUGCGCUGCGAGCAUCCAGCAAAGACGGUGCAGCUUGGCAACCUCUCAGUUCAGCUAUCCGCAUCGCCUACUCGAUCGGCUUGCAUCGCGCCCCGCCAAGUCCACCUCUACACUCGGCAGCGCUCGAACGAACCAAAGCGCGCAUCUGGUGGUGCUGCUACACUCUCGACCGCAUCGCCACGUUGGAUUCUGGAAGACCGUCCAUGAUCAACGACCUGGAUGUCCAGCUUUUGCCGCCACGCCCGCCGCGCAAUCCUGCAACCGUCAGCCGUGACGAACCGUCAGCCACAAGUCCAUCCUUGUCGGACAGGAUGUAUCAAGAACGCUACCUAGCCAGCCUCGUCUCGCUCUGCCGCCUCCAAUCCGACAUCCACGCCGCUCUCUACACCAGCCGCAAUCAAUCCGUCGACGAACCGAAACUGUUUGAUACCAUCGCCAGCUUGGAUCAGAAGCUCGUAGAUUGGUCGACGAACUGUAUGAACAGCUUGCAGCUCUCGACGAUGAGUAACGAAGAAGCACUACGCGCGGUGUCCAAGUCACGCGAUUUGCAGACUUUGCAUCUGCUGUGUACCUAUCAUUUUACGGUCAUCAAUGUGCACCGUGCAUCUGUCAUGCUGGAUACCAGGCUGUAUCGACACCACGUAGCGUCCAAGCUGACUCGAAGACGCAAGGACCGACUGCUGUCUGCCGAGACCAUCUGCAGGAGCUCAGCGAGAGCAAUCAUUCGAAGCAUCAGUCAAUACCGCCUGCUCCACCAAUGCGGCGCCCGCAUGAUCUCGGGCACCAUCUCACUCUCCGCCGUCUACGUGCUGGCAAUCUGCAUCUUCAAACACCCCAAGGAGUGGAAUGUUUCGUCCGACCUCGCCUUGAUCGACAGUAUCGCCAAGACCGUAUCUCGAGACUAUCAGCAAGACGGCAUGCCGGCCGGGUUCACGAGCAUUUUUGCGACGCUGCAGAGGCUGGCAAUGCAAUGCGUGAAGCAUGUUGCGAGUCGGCCGCCGAGUCCACCGGUGGUCGAGUGGGCCGAGGAAGCCAGGGCUGCGAUCAGCCUGGAGCCGCUCUGGCAGAGUUUGGGGUUUGGACACGUGCUGGCGGGCUCGGAUGCAGAUCCUGGGCUGGAGUUGGGUGUUUCUCCCGCAUCAAUCACAUCAGCAGCGCAGGCAGCAGCAGUGCAAGAAGAGGCAGCGCCAGGCGCAAAUCCGAACUUCCAAAGCCUGUUGGAACUCGACCAACCCGACGAGCUUCUGUGCUCGCUUUUGGGCUUGCCGGAUUUCUUUACGCCCGUUCACGAGCAUGUGCCUGCGGUCGAGUUUUGA